UCAGCUGUUUCAUUCAAAAUGUGGGAAAGUUUGCUUAAGAGGAGGCACUGCCUCAACAUUCUGCGGCAUCUUCAAUGGAAACGCUUUUGCCACAGCUCCUCUUCUCCCUCUGCAGAGGUACGAGUCCGAUUUGCACCUAGUCCCACAGGAUUCCUUCAUUUGGGUGGACUACGUACGGCUUUGUACAAUUUUCUCUAUGCCCGGCAUUUGGGUGGAAAAUUUUUACUAAGAAUUGAGGAUACAGACCAGACAAGAAUAAUACCUGGAGCCAGUGAGCAAUUGGUAGAAGAUUUGCUAUGGGCUGGAAUUGAAAUCGAUGAGGGUCCUGGCAUAUAUCAAGGAAAACAUGGACCCUAUGUCCAAAGUGAACGCCGUGAGAUCUACAGUAAUGCCGUUGAGAAGCUGCUGGAAAAUGGAACCGCUUAUCGCUGCUUUUGCACGGAGCGGCGUCUGGAACUAUUGCGUAAGGAGGCGCUUCGCACGCGCCAGAUACCACGAUAUGACAAUAAAUGUCGCCAUCUUAAACCAGAUGAAGUGCAACAGCUUUUGGACAAGGGACAAGAUCACUGCAUACGCUUUAAACUGGAGGAGCACGAGGAUCCUUUGGAUGAUCUUAUCUAUGGCCAAGUGCAGCAUAAUGUUAGUGAAAAUGAAGGCGAUCCGGUUAUAAUGAAAUCCGAUCAGUAUCCCACUUACCACUUUGCCAAUGUAGUCGACGAUCACAUGAUGGGCAUAACCCAUGUCCUGCGAGGUGUGGAAUGGCAAAUCUCAACCACAAAGCAUUUGCUGCUCUACAAAGCAUUUGGCUGGCAACCACCACGCUUCGGUCAUCUUCCGCUUCUGGUCAAUGCCGAUGGCACAAAGCUAAGCAAACGUCAGGGUGAUAUAGGAAUCCAGAAUUUUCGCCAACGUGGCUACUUUCCUCUUAGCUUGGUCAACUAUGUGGUUUCUGCCGGUGGAGGCUUCGAUACCAAGGCAAAUGCAAAGCCAGAACUACAAUCGAUGAAACAACUAAUUGACACGUUUCGUUUGGAAAGGGUUAAUUCGCAUCCCAGUCGUCUUAAUCCUGAAUUGUUAAACGAUUUCAAUCGCAUGGAGAUUCAGAAGAACCUUCAAGAAAAAGAUAAACAAAAGGAAUUGGUCAAUCAAGUCCAUUAUCUGGUCAAACAGGCAUAUCCAGAUCAUUCCAAUCUGGAUCUGGCAGAGCCUCACAUACUGGCCAUACUAAAGUGGUCGUCGCAACGAUUAUCUGUUCUCCAGGAUUUAACGUCUAGUAAAUUAAGUUUCCUUUGGGUAAAGCCCAAUUCCAAUUCACAAACCAAAAACUUAACUAGCCAACAAACUGAGCAUCUCCUCGAGCUUUUAAACUCUGUUGAGGAUUACCAGAAAGAUCAUUUAAAUGAGCAAUUGAAAAUGUUUGCCAAAUCGCAAAAUAUGAAAUUUCCACUUCUUAUGCGCACCCUGAGAGGAGCUCUAAGUGGUCUCAACGAGGGUCCUGGCGUGGCUGAGAUGAUGGAAAUUCUGGGAAAAACUGUUGUUAUUGAUCGUCUUCAGAAGAGUUUUCUCCCAGAGGCAACAGGAAAACAGCAAACACAUUUGUGAUUAAAGUAAAGUUUACUAAGUGUACAUAUAUAUAUGUAAUAAGUAUAUAUUAACAAGCAUUCAGUUUAUAUAUGAAAAGAAGCCUUCAAUCCGA